GCGCAGCAAACAAAAGCACGAGUAGUCAUGUAUUCAAUUGAGAUCUUAGCAUUGAUGCUGUGCAUCUUCGCAGCAACAACAACAAGUGUUGAACAAUCCUGGUGUGAUGCUCAGCUGUGCGGUGCGGGCAAGAAACAUGUGGCAUGCAACAACGAUGGUCAAUUCCAUGAACGCUGCUCCGAAGAUGCCGCUAUGAUAGAUCUGCGACCACAUCGCGAGUUCAUACUGCACGAACAUAACAAGCGCCGCAACUUUAUUGCCUCGGGAAAAUUGCCAGGCUAUUAUCCUGCAGCCAAUAUGGCCACCAUGCAGUGGGACGAGGAGCUGGAGUACUUGGCCACGCUGAACCUCAAGACCUGUCAUCUGGAUCACGAUGAGUGCAAUAACUCCUAUCGCUUUCGCAAUGUUGGCCAGAAUCUUUGUGGCUUGGAUCGUAUGCGCAAUGCGCCACUAAAUGUGCAGAGCAUUGUGGAGAACUCCUUGGGCCUGUGGUUCGGCGAGCAUCCGCUUAUAGACAGCAGUUAUAUAACCGAAUUUCGCGUGGCCAGGCAUCUUGAAAAGUACGGACACUUUGCCGAAACUGUUGUGGAUCGCAAUACGCAUGUGGGCUGUGCUAUGCUGCGGUUUACUAAUCCCAAAUAUCCCUUUCUGUACAUCUACAACUUGGCCUGCAAUUAUGCCAGCACCUAUGCUGUGGGCGUACAAGUCUAUAAGGUGGGUGAGCCCGCCUCGGGCUGCAGCUCUGGCGCUAAUCCCAAGUAUCCCGCCUUGUGCUCCAUUAAGGAACAGUACAAUCCCAAUUAUAAUUAAUUAUCAGCAAAUUAUUUAUAAACAUCCAUUUAAAGUUUAAUUUUUAAACUGUUGACCAAAGAUAUGAACGCAUUAUAUUAAAUUUAAUUUAUGAAUA